UUCAAAAAGUAAACAAACACCUUGAAUGGAAAAAUCAUAACAAAAAAAUGACUACGCGUUUGGAAGCCUUAUGGAGCCCCAUUCCGCAGCGUUUUAUUAUAUGGGGCGGCGAUACGAUAACUUCGUACCAAUUGGCUCCUAAGAAAGAAGCAGGGCCCGCCAUAGGAGUGUAUAAUGUAUCAAAAACCCACGUCGGCGAGCUAAUCUGCUCGGCCAGUAACCAACAUCAAGUAAAAUGUAUGGAUAUAUACCCGCAUUCGCAAGGGGAUGAAAUCGUGGCCUUGGGAGGCAGCGGCGGAAAAGUCACCGUAACCUACAUGGCCAAACUGGCUUGGGAGGGCAGCGGAUUACCCAAGAAGGAGUUCACGGCUAAAUGCCCGAGGCCCUGUACGUCCAUACACUUUAACCCUGUCGAUUCCCAUUUGGUCGCUGUCGGGUUUGAGAAGUAUAAACCCGAUAACUCCAUAAUGAUCUUUGACAUUACGCAAGUGUGUGCCAAAAGGGACCCUAUAGUGGGGACCGGUGGGGCCUCGGAAUCCUCCAAACCCGUAUGGGAGAUCGGCAUGUCAGAACACUGCCAGAACUUGUCAUGGUUUCAUAAUAACAGUAAAAUAUUGGCCACCGGGAUGAAUAUGAAGUUUAUUAGACUGUUUGAUAUCCGAGACUUGAAUGUGGUCAGUUCGACUGUAACAAAAGCGGCCCUGGGGGUGUGCACCAACCCCAAAGAUGACAAAUAUUUGGCCUCGUAUUUUGAGAAUCAAGUGUACGUGUGGGACACCAGGAAUAUCGAGAAACCGAUACAGAUCUUGCCGCAACCAAAACCAGUGUUGAAAGUCGCUUGGUGUCCUACCAAGUGUAAUUUGUUGACCACAUUGCAAAAAGACAGCGGGACUAUUAGUAUUUAUGACAUCCAACAGCCGAGCAUUGGAAACGAGGAGGUGGAACCCACGGUGAUGGAACGAGUGGUCAAUUUAAAAUCCUUGUAUCCGUUGACCUCGUUUAGUUGGCACCGGAGUGACGAGAACCGUAUUUUGACCUCUAGCGGGUCAAACUCUUCGGGAAAAAUUGAGGUUAAGGACUACAGGGUCUAUGACCGGAUCACCCUUAAUUUGACCCCGUACUUCGAGUUAUUUUGGUCCCACGGUAAAAAAAUAUUAAAAUGUGCAGACUUGAGGAAAGUGCAGGAUGGCGAAGACAUUGCGGUGAAGAUUCAGAGGAGGGCCAAGGCACAGUAUGGCUUGGAGGACGAGCUAUACAGGAACGCGGAAAUGGUAAAAGAAGACGAGGUGCUCUCGAACGUGUGGCACUGGCUCCACUUGAGCGCCAAACUGGUCGAAGAAGGCCGCGUGGCCACGCCCUCUUUGAGCACCGCCCACAAACACCCGGGGGUCUUGUCGGUGCUGACCGGGGGCGAGACCACGGAAUCCUCCCCCUCGGAGGUGAAGACCGUCUCCUGGACCGACCUGGGGCACCCCAACUGCAAGGGAAACGUCAAAUUUUACAUGCGUCCGGACCGUAGCAUGGCCCUCUUGUUGUGCAGUUGGCCCCUGAAUAAUCACCUGCAAAGCGUCGCCGCCUUCGCGGAGCACUUGGAGAGGGAGGGGGCGUACUCCAGAGCGGCCGCCCUCGCCGUGUUUAACCUUCAGGUGCCCUUGGCGAUCGAGAUCUUGAACAGGGCCCCCUUCGAGGCCGGUCUGGGGUACGUGGGGAUCGCGUUGGCCGGAUUUUCGAACGAGGACGAGAGUAACUGGAAGCGGUUCUGCGCGAGUGCGGUGAAGAAGAUCGCGGAUCCGUAUCUGAAGGCGAUGUUCAGUUUUUUGAUGAGCGGCAACAAUAAUUACGAGUGCGUUCUGAGAGAGACCGAUAUAGCGGUGGACGACAGGGUGGGGUUCGCCCUAGUGUUCCUAUCGGACCACAAGCUCCUAGACUAUUUGAACCGACUGAGCGGGGAGUUGUGCGAGCAGGGCAACUUGGACGGUUUAUUAUUAACCGGUAACAGCCCCCAGGGCCUAAAGUUGUUGCAAAACUACUUGGACGACACCGCGGACAUACAGUCGACCACCCUGGUGGCCGUCAGGGCGUUCCCCCACGAACUUGACUCGCCCACUGUGAAAAACUGGAUCGAAAACUACCAAGAAGUGCUGAACCGCUGGAAGUUCUGGUUCGAACGGGCCGAGUUCGACUUAAUGUUGGUAAAAAACAAAAACGAGCGCCCCCCGCCCCAGAUCUACAUGUCGUGCACCUACUGCGGCAAAAACAUCUCCGCCCACCUGAGAACGUUGAAAAACCAACAGUUUUCCCGCCUUAACGUAGCAGGAGCCACCAAUAAACUGACAGGUUGCCCCCACUGCAGGAAACCGUUGCCCCGCUGCAUCAUUUGUUUAAUGACGAUGGGAACGGUGGUGGGAGACGUGGAGGGGAUCAAACCGCAAUCGUUUGACAAUUGGUUCACGUGGUGUCAAAGUUGUCGUCACGGGGGACAUUCCAGGCACAUGACCAACUGGUUCAAGGAGCAUCUGGAGUGUCCCAUGGUGGGGUGUUCCUGUAAGUGUUACUCUCUGGAUUACACCUCUCCGGCGAAUUAGGGUUUAAGUGCUAAAAGUUCCUUAAUUAUUUUGUCAUGUAUGGAAGGAUUACGAUAAUAAACUUUAUUAAUAAA